AUUAUGGUAGACAAUAAUGGCGGACGUAUUGUGAAGUGACGCAAGCGUUAACAUUUUACGGCAUGCGUUUGAUUAGUAAUUCGAUGAUUACAAUUGUUUUAAAUUCAUUUAAAACGUUACUAGUAAACACAUGACCAAUUAGAGCAGUAGCUGCAGUAAAUUCGAACAAUGGCACGCGAGUUUGAUCACCUCUUCAAACUGCUGAUUAUCGGUGACAGUGGUGUUGGUAAGAGCUGUCUUCUCCUGCGAUUUGCUGACAACACGUUUUCUGGUAGUUACAUUACGACGAUAGGAGUAGACUUCAAAAUAAGAACUCUAGAAAUAAACGGUGAGAGAGUCAAGCUACAGAUAUGGGAUACAGCGGGUCAAGAGAGGUUCAGGACCAUAACGAGCACUUACUACCGAGGCACCCACGGCGUCAUCGUCGUGUACGAUGUCACGAAUGGGGAGUCCUUCGCCAACGUGAAGAGGUGGCUCCAUGAGAUAGAGCAGAAUUGUGAUGUCGUAAAUAAAGUUUUAGUUGGAAAUAAAAAUGACUGUCCGUCAAGAAAAGUGGUAGUUAUCGAAGAUGCCCAGAGGUUUGCCAAUCAAAUGAACAUACCAUUGUUUGAAACAAGUGCAAAGGAAAACAUUAAUGUUGAGGAAAUGUUCCUUACUAUAACUAAAAUGGUCCUAAGAUCAAAAUUAGAAAUGAAGGAGAGACAAAAUGUGACAUCAAAUGAGACAGUGCACCUAAAAAGGGGUCACAAAACCAAGAAGAAAUGUUGCUAGUGGUUGCAUGCAAUGGCACUGGCCACGGACGUUGCUUACCGAUGCUCAAAUAUCAAGAGAUAUGUUGCACAACCCCAGCAGGGCGGACGGGCACUACCGACAAAAGUUUACCGAUGAAAGUAAUCUUAGUUGGCAAUGUGAGGUGCAAACAUUUUUUUUAAAUAAUCACAAAAUGCCCUUCACAGUGUAAAGUUUAGUAUAAAGUCCUAGUUUUUAUUUGUACCACAAAUUUUGUGUGCUCUUCUAAAAUUGGCAAACCUGUGUUAUGUUACUGCUUGAAAAGUAUAAUUUUGUUUAUGAUUAUUGUAUGUAUAGAUUACUUGUCGUUUGAUGCUGGGUUGAACAAUCUCAAGUGAGCAUAUUCAUGGAAAUAUGGAUUCCAAAAAUUACAUUAAGAUAUUAUGAAUGCAUAGUUAAUGUGUAUGAUUGUAUUCUCAUUAUAUCAAAAUCUAUGUGAUGGAGUGUUGUGUAUGAUACAAAUAUGUUGCGUAUAGGAUAUUGAUGUAUACCACUAAUUAAAGUUUGUUCUUUCUUUUUAUAAAAUCAAACAUUUUCACACAAUGUGGUCUCAUUUUCAUAUUGAGUGAGAUUAAAAUAAAAAUUUUGAGACAAAAAGUAUUAUGGUGGAACAUAAGAUAUUAUCCUAAUUUAAAUUAUAAAUAUUAUUUAUAGUAAUUAAUAACACGAAAGUUGCUUUAAAUUUAAAAUUGACUAAAGCAUUGUUUAUACGUUCUGUAAUCCAUUUUAGUGAGAACAUGCUAUUUUUAAUUACAUUUUAGUUAUUAUUGGCAAGAAUUUGCAGUAUUUUGUAUGCAUCCAGCAAGUUACAAAUUAUUUAUAUUUUUAAAUGAGAGAUAUACAAGUUACAAUCUGCCUUUUGUUUUAGUUACUAAAUAUGAUGAAAUGGGGUUAUCACAGCUAAUUGUGUGACUAUUUUAACUGUCCACUCAAAGAUCUAAGCAAUAAUAGAUGAAAUUGUAAUUUGGUUUAAUGUGACAUUGGACCUAAUUGAAUGACUGUUGAUUGCAUCCCUUUGUUAACAAGCAGAAAGGAUUGCAAAUGUCUACUGUCUCGAAUUAAAAUACAACUUAGCACAAUUUUAUGAUUUGAAUUGGUUUUGUCUAAUUUGCCUUUUCAGUAAAUUGCAUUUUAUUAUUCUUUAGUUACUUAUGUUAAAUAUAAUUCCAUGAUAGAAAAUCUGUAAUUUCGUUUUUAGUAAUGUAACCAAACCAAUAUUUUUAUUAUUGUAAUCAUUGUUGGAAAGUUCAAUGUUGAUUCAUUCCAUUCAUAUUGUAUUGUUGGCUAACAAAUUGUUUAUCAUUUGAAACUCUGUUACUUUAAUAAUCACCACUGUGUUAUCCAUUUUCAUAUUGAGAGGAAACUAGUCCUUUGUUGUUUUUAAAAUUGUAAGAAACAUCAAAAUUCAAAACCCAGUCCCUUAUUAAUAUAUUUUUAUUUUUGCUUUGAAUGUAAUGUAUUUAACUAUAAUUUUAUUGGGUACAUAAUAAAAGUAAUCAUUCCGUACACUGCGUUUGUACAAUUACAGUGUUUAUGCAUGAUUUUUCUCAUUUCUGUACUCAUUAUUAUUUUUUAAGAAAUAUUGUUCAUAGCA